AUGUUGAAGAAAAUGGAAAUUCGCGAUGAAGCAAGGAGAAGACUAAGGAUGAGAAAAAGAAGGGAAAGAGCUAGAAGAAAAAAGAAAAAAGAAGCAAAAAAGCGACUACAGCAAGCCGAUAACCAGCUGAAACAAGCACUAGAAGAGUAUCUCACCGCCCAAACCGAGACUUACGAGGAGCCUGAUUCAGGGACCGGAACAGCUGGACAAAUCGGCUCUUCUGGGUCCGCCUCGCCUGCGACAACCUCAGCUGCCGCGCAGUCCGAGUCGGCUACCAAAAUUCCAGCGGUAAAAGUCUCAGAGGCGAGUGUACCCGCUUUUCGAGGUACAACACCUAAGUCUGAGAAAGUUGGAGUAGUUGUAGGCGGAGAUCAAAUUGCUCUUUAA